AAUUACAAACUUCACUAAACAUGCUCUAAUAUUCAAAUAGAAGCUUUACACAACACAAAAAACAAAAGCAACUAGAACCAAAACACUAAAACAGAGGAACAGAAACAAACAACUAACUCCAAAGUAAAAUAAAGCCCUGCAAUCUGUCACGCAAGGAAGGUGAACUCCAUGUACUUGUUUGCGGCUCAUCCUUGCCAGAAAUAGCUUUUCAAAAGCUUUGACCAUGUUCCUCUCACCAAGAAAGAGAUGAGUAAAGGCAUAAGGUGGAUCCAAGGUCUCACAGUUGCAAAGAAUGGUAAAAACAACCGGCAACCUCCCUGAACCAGCUACCUCAUACCAGGGAACCAUUGCAACACCAAACCUGUGGCAAGUAGCCUGCACAUAUAGGCUUGGCUUACAACCAAGAUUCUCUGCCAUUGGAAGUGCUGUGGUAACCCAUGAAGACCAGGGGCAGUAUUGCCAAUUCAAGAGGGAUCCAUCUAGCCAACCAUCUCCAUCAUCCAAACCAACAGAACCAAAUACCCAUCUAAUAUUUUUGUAAUUUUUUGUAAUAUCAACUAAAAAAGAACAUAAAUAUAUAAGGGAUAAAUGAGAUCUGAGAGUGGAUGAGAAAGUCAAAGUAGACCUCAAACCUUGGUUUGGCUUACCUUUCUUUGAGGCAUCAUGGCUCUCCUGUGGUUGAAGGGCAACCACAACCCUUAGUUGUUGAUCCAUGCUUCUCCCUAGGAACACCAACCACCCUUAAGCAUACAUGGGCAUUUGCUAAGCUACCCUUAUCAACUAUCCCAACUGCAAACAAAUCUUUUUCCCCCUACCCCUUGCAAUUAGCUGAGAGUUUAAAUCAGAAAGGGAUUCCUUCACCUCCUUGAAACCACUUCUUUCAAUGUUAACAGUCAGCACAAGAGAAACACCCUUUUCCAUUAAAGACUUUAUAUCAUUAAACACCAUUCCAUCUUCAAACAAAACAGACCAUAGUAAAAUCAAC